GAGAUUUGAAUAGCUGUAGGUGUGGAGGUUCAGGGACUUUGUGAACGCGUUUAUGCUACACACUAACAGGGGAAUGAAUGCCAGGGCAUCUGAGCAGCCGCAAAUAUUACAACUCGGGGAAUGAACUCUCAGGACUGACCAGCAAAUCAACCAGAUGCACCAAAUAGCUCCGAGUGAGACUUUCUUUGGACAGCUGUGUUAAUAUAAAACGAUCUUCCCUUCCUCUGAACACAAACUGCAGAUUUUCUCCUGAAACUCAAGACAGACACUGUCUUUGCGGUCCCUGCCAGGCCAGCCAUGGAUGCAGACCGACACAGGCUUUCUUCUGUAGCCCUCAGUUCACAGCCUCAGGAUAUCUCAGAGGGAAGCAUCAACACCGAAAUGGAUUUGAUGAGUCCAGAGAAGCUUCAGGAGUUGAUCUGGUUUUUCCGUACAGAAGAUCCUUCUGCAUGGAAUUACUGCAUUCUAGCCCUUUCGGCGGCGGUUCUGUUUUUAGGCAUUAUACUGUUGAUGAUCAAUGUCACAGCAAACAGGAAUCGGAAGGCCACUGUCUUGUACAGCGAAGGAUACGAAGCUGCCCAACCUGACGAGACAGAAAUGAAGCAAGCGUUUGUGUCUCUGAAGGAAGACGGCCACUCAGAAACUGCUGCAGACGAUUUGCUUCCCAAAGUCCAAAACGUGGGAGAGGUGAUGAUCCAAUGGAAGGAUGGGAACGUUACACCUCUAUAUCCAGGCCUGACUGAAGAGGAUAUAAAACCACAAAUGUGAUUUGCUCUCAAACAGUGACGCCCACUCAGGCACCCAGAAAGCUGCCUACGUUUUUGACAAGGUCACCAAGCAAAAGUCAUAUCCAGGAACUAAAGCGGGAAAGGGAAAGGUUGGGAUUUUGGUUCUGAGUUGCAUGGGGGGGGGGGGGGAGAGGCUUGGCAAAUGGGUCAUCCUCAUGUUACAUGUGCUACCGGGCACUGAAUUCAUUCUUCACGUUCAAACAUUGUGUACAUUGAUCAUUUCAA